CAUCAGCAUCAACAAGCUAAAAUCCCAAGAAGAGAAGAAAAAAUCCACACACAGAGCGAGCGAGUGCCGCUCCCUCCUCCCGAUCCGUCCGAGUCAACUCGCUCCGGCCACCGCGAAAUGGCAGCUAUCUCCGAGCGGGUCGAGCUCGCCAAGCUCUGCAGCUCGCGCGACUGGUCCAAGGCCAUCCGAGUCCUCGACUCGCUCCUCUCCAGCUCCUCUUCCAUCCAGGACAUCUGCAACAGAGCCUUCUGUUACAGCCAACUGGAGCUGCACAAGCAUGUGGUGAAGGAUUGCGAUAGGGCGCUUCAGCUCGACCCCGCGCUCCUUCAAGCUUACAUUUUCAAAGGUCGUGCGUUUUCUGCUCUUGGAAGGAAAGAGGAUGCUAUUUUGGUUUGGGAGCAGGGGUAUGAGCAUGCAUUGCGUCAGUCUGCAGAUUUGAAGCAAUUGCUAGAGCUGAAAGAGCUCUUAUCAACUGCAGAACAGGAAAAAGGGGAAAACAAAAACCAUGCAACAGAGGCUGUGUCAGCUACGCUUUUAUCUGAAUCCAGACCACAUGUGAAUGGGAUAUCAAGUGAAACUUGUACGGAUCAAAGUAAUUUGAGUGAUCAAUCCCAAUUACACAGUGAAUCAACCACUGAGGUUCAUAGCAAGUCUAAUGAUAACAUGUGCAAUGGAGAAGUUGAUAAGGCCAAGGGAAAGAAGAAGUUUGAUAGCCAAACAAAUGGAAACCAUGACAGCUCUCGUGAAUCACCUAGUACAUCUGAGGUUCAGAGCAAGUCCAUUGAGAACAGAUGUAUAGGUGCUAAAGCCAGAGGGAAGAAGAAGUCUGACAGCCAAAUGAAUGAAAAUCAUGAUACUGACAGAAAAUUGAGUAAUGAAUCUGAAGCAUGUAAUGACUUAAGUGAUAGAUGCAACAAGUUGCCCUUGAUUUGUAGUAAAUCAAGUGAUUUAGCUGAAAGUCCCCUCACUCCCCCCAAGUUAAGUAGUAAAUCUGAAAUGCGUGACGAGUCCAAGAAAAAUAAAAAGUUCUGUUUUACCAGAAUUUCAAAGUCCAAGUCAAUAAGUGUGGAUUUUCGACUGUCAAGGGGUAUAGCGGAGGUUAAUGAAGGGAAAUAUACUCAUGCCAUAUCUAUAUUUGACCAGAUAUUGAAAGAGGAUCCUAACUAUCCAGAGGCACUAAUAGGAAGGGGAACAGCAUAUGCUUUCCAACGAGAACUUAUGGCUGCAAUAGCUGAUUUUACAAAGGCCAUGGAAACAAAUCCAUCAGCUGCUGAGGCAUGGAAAAGGAGAGGGCAGGCACGAGCUGCCCUGGGAGAAUUUACCGAGGCCAUUGAAGAUCUGUCCAAGGCAUUAGAGUUUGAACCAAAUUCAGCAGAUAUUCUACAUGAAAGGGGUAUUGCCAAUUUCAAGUUCAAGGAUUUCUAUACUGCUGUUGAAGACCUAUCUGCCUGCGUGAAACUUGAUAAGGAUAACACAUCUGCAUACACAUAUUUGGGUUUGGCGUUAUCAUCUAUUGGUGAAUAUAAAAGAGCUGAGGAGGCGCAUUUAAAAGCAAUUCAGCUGGAUCGGAAUUUCCUUGAGGCAUGGGUGCAGUUAACCCAGUUCUAUCAAGAUAUGGCAAACCCAAACAAGGCUUUCGAAUGUCUUCACCAAGCUCUACAAAUUGAUGGGAGGUUUGCCAAAGCAUAUCAUUUGCGAGGUCUACUGCUGCAUGGGAUGGGAGAACACAGCAAAGCUAUUAAAGAGUUGUCAACUGGGUUGAAUAUUGAGAGUGCAAAUAUCGAGUGUUUGUAUUUGCGGGCUUCCUGCUACCAUGCGAUUGGAGAAUAUAAACCAGCGGUCAAGGACUAUGAUGCCGUGCUAGAUUUGGAACUAGACUCAAUGGAGAAGUUUGUGCUGCAAUGCCUGGCUUUUUAUCAGAAAGAGAUUGCUCUGUACACGGCAUCAAAACUCAACAGUGAAUUUGUCUGCUUUGAUAUUGAUGGAGAUAUUGAUUCUCUUUUCAAGGAGUACUGGUGCAAAAGAUUGCACCCCAAGAAUGUGUGCGAAAAGGUUUACCGGCAACCCCCCCUGCGUGAAUCUUUAAAGAAGAACAAGCUUAAAAAGCUAGAUUUUUCAGUCACAAAGCAGAGUACUGCUCUUCUGCAAGCUGCUGAUUGCAUUGGGGAGAAAAUCCAAUAUGAUUGCCCUGGUUUCUUACCAAAUAGGCGACAGCAUCGUAUGGCAGGAUUGGCUGCUAUUGAAGUUGCACAGAAGGUCUCCAAGGCGUGGCGUUCCUUUCAAGCGGAAUGGAAAUACUCGAAUAAAAGCACAUCCAAGAAUGGCAAGCGACCGAGGAGAAGGGAAAGAAUCAAUUUGCAAAGCCAGAAUAGAGGUGGUGCUGGGUGUAGCACUAGCAGCUCCUCAGACACAACUUCUUAUGGCAUUACACAGUCAAAAUCAACAGGCCGGUUUAUGAUGUCAUGGCAUGAUGUUUAUUCAGUGGCUGUGAAAUGGCGGCAGAUUUCUGAACCUUGUGACCCGGUUGUGUGGAUUAACAAGCUAAGUGAAGAGUUUAAUGCUGGAUUUGGGUCUCAUACACCAAUUAUCCUUGGACAAGCAAGAGUUGUUCGCUAUUUCCCAAAUUUUGAAAGGACCUUUGAUGUCGCAAAGACUAUCAUGAACGACAGAAAGUAUGUGCAUAACAAGGCAGAUGGCCUGAUUGAUCUAUCCAGGGACGGGAAAUUGCAAGACGUUAUGCAUGCAAAAUCUUGUGCUGAUCUGUAUAAAGCUGUUGGUGAGGACUUCUGGUUGGCUACUUGGUGUAAUAGUGCUGCCUUUGAGGGGAAGUAUCUUGAAGGGACGAGGAUUACCCUCGUAAAAUUGGCGGAGCAGAAAUAUGACUUUGCAAUCAGAACACCUUGCACACCUGCUAGAUGGGAUGAAUUUGAUGCAGAAAUGGCAAUGGCAUGGGAAGAUAUAUGCAAUGCCUAUUGCGGUGAAAAUUAUGGGUCUACCGACUUCAAUGUGCUUGAAAAAGUGAGAGAUGCAAUUUUAAGGAUGACAUAUUACUGGUACAAUUUUAUGCCCCUUUCAAGAGGCUCCGCAGCUGUUGGGUUCGUGGUUAUGCUUGGACUGUUUCUUGCUGCUAAUAUGGAGUUCACAGGAACUAUCCCUCAAGGUUUACAGGUCGACUGGGAAGCCAUUUUGACCGUUGAUCCGAACAAUUUUGUGGAUUCGAUCAAGAGUUGGUUAUAUCCAUCACUCAAGGUAACGACAUCCUUGAAAGAUUAUCCGGAUGUGGGAACGACUCUUCAAACAACAGGUUCAGUUGUCGCUGCUCUAAGCACUUAUAAUGAUUGAGCUUUGAGCAGUCCUGAAGAGCGGUUUGUAUGCGAGAAUGUAGUUUAUUAUUGAAGUCUAACUCUGCAGAGAGAAUGGUCAGGUCGAGGCUUUCAAAUCUUACACCAGCUUAAAUUUAUGCUCUAUGUUUGUUUGCUGUACAGUUAUCUAGGUUAAUCUGUAAUUUUUCUUUGUUCUCUGAUUUACAUUCAAAUAUAUUUCUAAUUUUCUUCACAAUAAAUCUGCUUCCAUCGGUUUGCUUCACAAGAAAUAAUCGGUCAUAUCAUAAUAUGAUAUUAUCAUGUUGAUUUUAGUUUGUUACAUCAACCUGAACAUAUCAGAUAUAAAAUAAAUCCCAAAUUUUGUU